UAGAUCACUUAUCACUCUACAUAACCAUAAUUGCAUCUGUCUUCAUCCUUCUCAUCAUCACAAUGGCUUUAAUGUGGCUGAAAACGUACAAGUCUUUAAUACGCAAUAUAAGGAAUCUACAGGAUGCAGAACAGUGGGUGACUGAAGAGCUGACCCCCACAGCCCCUAAAGCUGAUCCUGUUCUGCUGAACUCUUUACCUCUGAAAAAUCACACAGUUAAACUGGAACAAGGAGCAGUUUCCACCUCUGCUGCAAAAAGCCAAACCACCAGAAAGAUUUCAAGAUCCCAAAGAAGAUCAACACAAACGAAUUCCCGGUUUAACAAAGCUGACCUUAAAUUGGAUCAGCUCAUUAAAGCUGGAAGAGAGGGAGUGUUCUAUAAGGCAAAAGUAAUGCAUGGCACCAUCAGAGGUCACAGCAGGUUCACCUGUAAAGUCUCCAAAAAAGGCUGUAACCACAGGCAGGUGGAACAUGAGGUUUCAGUGAUGCAGAAGCUUGGCACACAUAAGAACCUGCUGCAGCUGCUGGAAUGGGAUAUCACUGAUGCCCCGUAUAUGCUGGUUAUGGAGUAUGUAGCCCACGGGACCCUCCGCAGCUUCCUGCAGGUCAAUCAAAACAAACUGUCCUCGGACGAAGAUCUUCAGCAUCUCUUCACCAUUGCUGCCUAUCACAUAGCACACGCCAUGAAGCACCUGCGCUCCAAAAUGAUACUGCAUUGUGAUUUGGCACUGAGGAAUAUCAUGGUGCACAGUUUUCCACGUGAAGUAAAAGUAGCCGAGUUUGGACUGGCUAGGGAGGUCACACGCACAUGGAGCAGACGCGGCAGCUGCAAGAAAGACUACAAGGAACGUGUUCCCUCCCGGUGGUACCCUCCAGAGUACUUCAAGAAUGAUUUCUAUGGAUUCAAAGGGGAUGUCUGGUCAUUUGGGAUUGUAUUAUGGGAGAUGCAAACAUUUGGCACUUUGCCGUACCCAGACUUGAACACAUCGGAGGAAGUAGCACGCUUUGUGUGUGCUGGCCACAGAAACAGUGAGCCUGAACAGUGCAGACCUGAAAUCCAACAAAUGAUGAUGGACUGCUGGCAAGAGCCUUACUCCUUAAGGCCUUCCUUCAUGGACAUUGUGGGAGUUCUGGAAAACAUUCUUGAAAAUGAUCGUGACUAUGUGGACAUAAAUGAGAGUAGCUCGGUGGAGCCUGUAGCUUCAGAUACUGUAACAACAUCUGAAGUGCAUACAGUGUAUUGUAAUGAAAGUAAAUGCUAGCUCAGCACUGUUAAUCAGGUUAAAGAUGUGGAUUUAACGAGUAUAGGGGAAAGGCUAUGGUGAAGCCACUGGAAGCCACUUUUUUUAAAAAGGGCUUGUGUGUUUGUUUAAAUAUUGGUAUUGUUAUUUAAAGACUGGCUGACUCCAGAGGGGGGCAGGGGGGAAACAGUGUCCUAAAGCAGGGCUUUUAUGGCUUUUAAUGGUAUUUAUGACUUUUCCAUUCUCCUAACACACCUGACUCAACCAAUCAGCUCAUUAACAAGCCACUUUAGAGUUGCAGUGGGUGUGUUGAAGCAGGCAAUUCACUAAAAUAUGCUGUGCAGGAGGGUGUCAGGACCAGGAUUGAAAAACUCUGUCUUAAAUGAUGCCCUUUCCAGUAGAGACAAAGGUACACCGUGCUGUAUAGGGUUCUACUAUACUAUACAAGUGUAAAAACAUGAGUUAUAGAGAAUUUUUUCAUCAGUGAAUUAAACAUGAUCUAAGGAUGUAAAUACAUAAAAAGUACACUGUCAAAGUUAAAUAUAGUCUGUAAUAAAAUAAAUAUAUUAUUUUACCCUG